CAAUCACACUCUCGUCACUGAAAUACAAAUUCUUUUUCCUACCCCGUCCGAUUGAACGCCACGUCAUCGAUCCUCGUGAAUUUGCACUUCAACGGCUCAGAUUAGUGUUGCAGAGCUACUGGGGAAACGAAGCUAGACGCUGUAGCUCUUGUUUCCAUCCUCCAUUUUCUCAUGAAGGCCACUGAGGAAUUCAAGGAGCAAGUGGAGGAAAACGAGGUCACCUCUUUCAGUAAGGAGGAAGAGUAUGAAGAAGAAUACGACUCUGAAGAAGAAGUAGAAGACGCAGACGACGAUGAAGAUGACGACGAUGACGAAGACGAAGACGAUGAAGACGACGAUGAAGAUGAAGACAACGAUAAUGACGAUGAUGACGACGACGACGACGACGAGGAUGCUCCUGACGUCGGCGACGAGGACGACGACGAUGACGACGAAGGAGAAGGAGGAGGUGACGGCCAGCGCGGUGGUGAUCCUGACGACGAUGACGACAACGACGACGACGAUGACGACGAAGAGCAAGAGGAAGAAGAGGAGGAUUUGGGAACAGAGUACCUUGUUCGUCCUGUAGGAACCGCUGAGGAGGAAGAAGCGUCUAGUGAUUUUGAACCAAAGGAGAAUGGUGAGGAGGAAGAUGAAGGUGAGGAGGAAGUUGAUGAUGAUGAUGAUGAUGGUGACAAGAAAGGUGAGGCUCCAUCAAAACGAAAGAGGUCAGAUAAAGAUGAUUCAGAUGAUGAUGAUGACGACGACGACGAUGAUGGAGGUAAAGAUGAUGAGAGACCUUCCAAGCGAUAGGGUUUGGCCAUUUGGGUCCAACAUAUUCUCUAAAAACAAGUCAACCAUAGUUCAAACUUUCAGCCUCUAUCCUUUAAACACAUAUAUCACAGAGGAUAAGUAGGUUUUUAAUGUUUUACGCCUUUGUUUAUUGCUGGUUUUGUAAUUCUAUGGUGCAGCUUUAUUACUUGUUAGGUUUUACUAUUUUCGUCAAUAGUGGGUUCUUCCGGAGUCUUUUGAGUAGCUUAUGUAAACGUGGUAGAACAAGUUUUUGCAGACUUUGAUUUGAUCGUUUAAAGUGCUUUGUAGGUUGUUAGAUCUUGUGCAUUAUAAUAAUGACUGAUUCCUUGAUA